UAUGCUCAUUUCAAGCGGAAUUAUACUAAACUGAAUUUCGUGGUGAUUUUGUAUCGCAGGAGAGAAAGAUAUUAUUUGGCUUUCCAAUUUGAGUUGAGUGAGAAAAAGGAAAGCGAAAAAAAAUAUGGCAACUUUCGCAAGAUCACUUCGCCCAGCUAUGAAGUGUGUCACAGCCCAGGUCAGAACGUAUGCUGAAGCUAGUGGCAAUGAAAUGAAAUUCACACUGGCUGGGGCAAACAAGGUAUUCUAUGAUCAAGCCAAUAUUCGUCAAGUUGAUGUACCAUCUUUCUCUGGGGCUUUUGGUAUCCUUCCAAAGCAUGUACCAACUCUCGCGGUUUUGAAACCCGGUGUUGUCACCGUAUAUGAGGAAAGUGGUGAAACGAAAAAAGUAUUUGUUUCAUCUGGUACUGUAACCAUCAAUGAGGAUUCUAGUGUUCAAAUAUUGGCUGAGGAGGCACACCCGAUCGAUGCCCUAGAUAAUUCAGCAGCCAAAGAUAUCCUGAGCAAAGCUCAACAGCAACUCAACUCCGCAUCCUCUGAUAAAGACAAGGCCGAAGCUGCUAUUGCAGUUGAAGUGGCAGAAGCUCUCGUUCAGGCUUCCUCGUAAAACUGCAUUAUUGGAACAAAAAAAAAAUUCAAUAUAUUCACUAUUUGAAUUUUAGGAAUGAACAUGUUAGACACCGUCGGCUGUAACUAUUCAUCAUUGUUACUCAAUUAUACUCUUUAAUUCGUGAAUAAAAUAGAAGCCUGAAAAACGGA